AUGUCGGCCGACACUGAUAAGCUGCCCCCCCUGGGCUUUGAUAGCGACUUCUCUUUCUGCCCAGAGGAAUCCGAGGCACAGCUGGGCAUCAGCAACGGCGGACGGACGAACCGCUCCCUAGCAACGCAGGAGCAGAUUGGCAGGACGGGGUACAGCGCCUACGUCAGGUACGUGCAGUACGGAACCUACAACGGCAAGCCAGCAUGCCUCGUCGGUCUGGAUUUUGCAUUCCGGUUCCCGCCUCGGGCGGGGAGCCGCUUCUCAACCGCCGAGAUUGAAGUGUCGUUUGAGAAGGCCCUCGACCGUAACGACCCGUCGGUCCGCUCGACGGACGCCUCACUGGACCCCGUUGUGGCCAAUUUUGCGCCGAAGCAGAUGCUUGGCCCUGCGCGGGAGAAGACGAGCAGCACGUCCUUCGGCCUCGAGUUUCCCGUCCUAUUCGGCACUCCCCUGGUAUCAACGGGCAUCACAGCGUCUUGGGCGCGGGAGAUCACCCAGAACGAGGACGGCCGGGCCGAGCUAUACGGCAAUUUUUCCCAGGACGACGAUCACGAUGACGGCGCCAAUUCGGUAACCUGGGACCUCAACGAGAAUCCUGUCAGCAAGGAGGGCAUCUUUCGCUCCCUCAGAACCGUCGUCCUGUUGUUCUGUUCCCCUGGCGAGGCGCUCUGGCUCCGUAUUUCGGUGAAACCAGUUGUUCAGUUCAGCCUCGAUCCGCGGAGACUCUUUGCAAAGAAGCUCGUGCAAGACAGGGACGAUCCUGUGUUUCUGGAUGGGUCUACUGCGCUUGGAUCUUUGCCCUCGUCGCAAUAUAGUGACUUUACAGACUCGGAAUUUCCCUGGCAGAAGCUUCUUCAAGUCCCAGAGGCUCUAGGAGCAGUCCAGGCGUAG